GUUGACUGCAGAAAGCAAGUGGUUCAAAUCACCUGAGGAAGGCAGCAUUUAUAAGGCAAUAUGGAUGUAAUUGGAGUGUCACGCUCGGGAAGGGUAAGGAAGAAACCAACAACGUUAAAAGACUUUGAGUCUCCAUAUGAUGUUAAAGUGAAGCGUAUAGCAGGCAGUCCCCCAAAUAUCCUUGGAAGAGGAAAGAACCUGAGCAAUCCCACAAUUAACGAUGAUGAAUCAAAUGGGAGUAGUGAAUAUGAUAUGGACAAUGUGAUAUAUGAACCAUCAAAAGUUAGUUAUUGGAAAGAUGAAGACAAUGGAGAUGAGGAUGCUAUAGAUGAUGCUGAUAAAAUUGAUCCACUGCUGCUUGAAAAUGCCAUUGCAGAUGCACCUAUGGAAAAUUCAGAUAGUAACCUGGAUAGUGAAGAGCAGGCUGGAUCUCUUGAUACUAUUGUAGAUGAUUUAAUUGAAGUUAAGGAUGAACCUUUGGAAAUGGAUUUUUUGAGAUAUUAUAAAACUAGUGAGGAGGAUAUUGCUGAUGAAGAUGAUGAUAGGUUUGAGGAUGACCCUUUGCGUUUAGAUUAUGAGCCAGAAUUCAUACCAGUGGACACAUCAGAUUACAGCCAGAUUGAGUCAAUGAACCUACUAAUGAAUACAGGGAUGAAUACCUCAAUGACAGAAGAUGACCCACAUAUACAUAAGAGAAAGCUGAAGGAUAAAGGGAAAACAGCAUGGACAGGCUAUAGCUUGUGGGCCAAAGAAGCCAGGUCAGACAUUUUAAAGACCAGCCCAAAUAUGGACUUUGCUGAUUUGAACAAGAAGCUGGGAAUGAUGUGGUCAUUGCUAUCAAGGACCAAAAAAUAUAACUGGAAACGGCGAGCAAGAAGGUUAAACGAGAAGAAAAGCUCCAGUCUUUUCACAUCUCUCCGACACUCACCGAACACAGCUUCUGUCGCAGCAGGAGAGCAGAAUUCAGAUUUUAUGGAAAUGGAGGAGGUUGCAAAUUCAGAAAAUGGGAAUCCUAUAUCUACUGGGAUCAGAAAUACAGUACCCUCUCUAAACUUUGCGGAUCAAGGAUUCAACAACAUUAUUAUUGUUAGUGAAAAGGAGAAAAUUAUCCUGAGGACGAAUGCAGGAAACAAAGAGGAUGCAUUGUUGUGGAUGGAUAUCUAUUGCCAGAGACAUGACUACCAUUUUACCUGCAAGAAAAGCCACUCCGCAGCUAGAUUAAUUUUCUGUGGAAUGUACCAGUGUGCUUAUGGAGAUAGACAGCACGAGGAAAGUAAGAAAACAUUCACAAAGUGCCCCGUAAUGAUGUAUAUGAAGAUCAAGAUACCCACAAAAGAUACCAUUAGAAAAGAUCCACAUAUAAAGACUCACCCUUGCUUCAUCACAAUUAAGGGUGAUCACAACCACCACACUGUGCUUGAUGAACUUAGAGUUAUCAAAGCAGUUAAAAAAGAGUUUUUCAAGUACUUUGACUUGGGCAUGACAGCUGCUCAAGUUUCAAGAUUUCAUGAAGACAAGACAAAUCUACGUCUUGCAGACAUGGGAUAUGGUGCCAUAAAUUCAACUAGUAGAGAAAUAUCUUUUGUAUACAAUCUGUGGUUAAAUGAAAGGUGUGAUAGCACUGAUGACCUGAGCAUGCAUUCUGUGAUUGGCAAAUAUGCAAAGGAAAACCCGUCUUCAACGAUUGAAGUUGAGGUCAGUGAAAAUGGAUUCACAGCUGUUUUGAUAACAGAUUUCAUGCGUCGAGUGCAUAAAGAGUUCAAGGAAGCAGGUGAUGUGGUGUUUGUAGACACAACCUGCCAUGUAAAUGAAGUAAACACAGCAGUGACAUGUCUUCUUUGUGCUGGACCUGCUGGUGCUGCUCCCUUGGGUGUAAUUUUUACAUCCUCCCAAGAAGAAGAAAGUUAUACAGCAGGAUUUUACAUGCUGAAGAAGAUGUUGGGCAAGGCUGCUUUUUAUCGGCAAGAAUAUCCAAAUUGUUUCCGAACCAACAGAAUCGAAUCAGAACAAAAAGCACUAAAGGCCAUUUGGCCAGAAUCUCAGGUUUCCAUUAGCAACUACCAUGUCCUUCAGCAGGUUUGGCAAUGCCUCUGUGAUGAGUCCUAUGAAGUCAAAAAGGAGCAUCAUCCCCAGCUAAUGAAUAUUGCACAACAGUUGGUAUAUGCAGAUUCUCCGGAUAACUUUGAAUACUUCUGGGAAUCUUUUUCUCAGAGUACAGAGUUCCAGCAGUAUGUCAAAUACAACAGUUAUCUCACAAAUCUGGUGGAGAGGAAACAAGAAUGGAGUAUAGCCUAUGGGAAGCAGAAAGUACUACUUGACCAACAUACAAACAACAUUGCUGAGUCCACUAUGUGCAUCAUUAAAGAUAUUAUCCACAACAGGUGCAUAUCAUACACAACAAGCCAUCUGAUUAUCUUUAUGAAUGAAAUUUAUGAUGGUUACAUGAGGCAGUCCCUCUUUGAUGUGGCUCUUUCCCAAAUGAGAAGCAGCCCAAUAAUCAGGAGAUACAGUGGAGUUGGUAACUGUACAGAAACAGAUAGAUGCAAGUUUACUGUGAAGAGUAUUUGUAAUAAAGAUGUUCAGUAUAAUGUUGACCUUACCAGUGGUACUUGUAACUGUGCAAAAGGACAGACGGGAGAUGCAUGUAAGCAUCUGAUAAAUUGUUGUGAAGCUUAUCUCCAGCAGCUACCACAGGACUUCAGAAGUACUCCAGAAAAUCGACAGUGGCUUGCUAGUGUAGCAGUUGGCAAGAAACAAUUGUCGUCAUUGAAGGAUUUUGCUGACAUGCAGAAAGUUGCUCCUGAUGGCUCUCUCAUUGCUUCUUGGUGUGAGGGGUUUGAGGGAUUUCCAGAAGCCUAAAGCAACUCCAAAAUCAAAACAGAUUUCACGCAAUAGCAAAAAUAGUUUUAGGAAAGCAUUAGAAGGUAUCAAAGAUUUGCAGGAUGUCUUGUUCCAGGUAAUCAAUCAGUAUGGAGAUGAAGACACAUCAGAGGCAGUGGAUGCAAUGAAAAGAAGGUUAGAAUCAAUCAGAUCAACGACUCAGCUCAAUAAGUUCCUGUCUCAAAAUGUCAUAAUUGAGGGAGCUGGAUAAGAAGGAAUGCAACUGCUGCGUGACUGACAGGCAUGGCACUCAGAAAGUAGAAUGAAAGUCUACUAAUUAAAAAGAAAUGAAAUUUAGUUUUGGUCAGUCUGUCUGUGUAUAUAAGCUAGAAUAUGCUUAUAAAUAACGUCUUUUGGAAACUAGUUAAAAAUAUUACAGUAGCAAUGAUAUUCUUAAAUCAUUCUGCAGAUACUUAGUACAAAAGCAGAGCUGCUCUAAACAUGAACUGAAUAGGAGUACAGCUGUGAUACUUUUAUUAUUUGAACUCAUGAAUUUUGAUUAUUCAGUUAUAACUUUGUAAUGUAUAAGAGUGGAUGAAUGUGUG